AUGUCCAAAUCUCCGAUCACAUGUCAUGUCCUCGACUCGACACUCGGUAAACCCGCCGCCAACGUCCGAGUCCAAUUGGAAGCGCUGUCACUCGACUCUUCUUUCCGCAUCCUAGCCACAGGAGCUACCAACAACGAUGGUCGAUGCCCUGAUCUCUUAGCCGGCCAGAACGCAAAAGAGGUGCUGGCACCAAACGGAGUGUUCAAGAUGAUCUUCUACACCGGCGAGUACUUUGGCAAAGCUGGGAGAGCGACUUUCUAUCCACAGGUCGAGAUCCUGUUCCAAUUGACUGAAUCACCAGAUGCUCACUACCAUAUCCCUCUGUUGCUCUCGCCUUUCUCGUAUACUACUUAUCGCGGAUCUUAA